UGAUAUCAUAUUCCAAAGCUCUUCCUUUUCUUAUCUACUACUACUACUUGUUUAGUGUACUUUUUCUCUCUUCUUCUCUUUUCUUAGAUCUCUUACUUAGUACUAUUUUUAUCUAGCCAAAAGUUGAAUAGAGUGCUAAAGAUCAUAAAAUAUGAAUGAUUGGGCUGGUCCGAUCAUAGCUACAUCGCUAUUUGCAUUUCUAUCUCCCGGAUUACUCUUUCAAAUGCCGGGCAAGAUUCGGCCAGUUGAUUUCUUGAACAUGAAGACAAGUUGGAUUUCCAUAUUGGUUCAUGCUAUCCUCUUUGGUUUGCUUCUCAUUCUUUUGCUCGUUGUUCUCAAUCUGCAUCUCUAUGUUUAAUUACAGCAAAUAAUAUAAGAAGCUAGAACUAAACAUGCUCCUUCAAUGCUCUACUAUUCUGCAACCUGCAGAAGGUUCUCUUUUAAUUUGCUAUUUUUGUAUUCAGUACUUUCAGCAGCAUUGAUCACUGAAAUUUCAAUCUGGUGCGAGGCCGUUGGGCAUUAACGCUUUAUUUACUUCUCAUAAUUCCCCGUUUAUAUAUGCACAAACUUUUGUUUGCGAUUUACUAUUCACAUAUUGUUAAUUAAAUAAGACCCACCACCUUCCACUGUUUU